GCGCUGCCCGUCGCCUGCUGGGCCUUUUCCGCGAGCCGCUAUAUUGCACUCCUCUGCUACCGCGCUUUGUCGUCAUCAAAAGGUAGCAGAUCUGUGUGUCGUGUUUGGCUGCAGGCGCGCAUGGCUGACAUGGUGAGGAAGCUAGCUCUCCUAAUUAUCCUGAUUGGGGCGGUGGUGCUGCUCAUAGCUCUACACGCGUGCCACCUGGCUGGUGCUCGCAUCCAGCGUGGAAGGAGGAAGGGGUUGAAGACGCUUCGACAGGGCGCAUCGGGGAGCAAAGGGAGGGGGGACGGAUACAGUCGGGGUUGUGAGGGUUUUGGGAUGGGGAGGGGGGCGUACGGGGGAGGGAGUGGAAUGCAACACAAUCUCCACCACAGGUUUGAUCCAAAUUUGUAUUUGCAUCUCCCUCCUCACCAGCAGCCUUUGCCUGAUGACACGACGUGGACGCCCCCUCCGUCGACAUUGGGUCUCGCAUGGGGGUCGACACAGACGUCUUACGACACACCACCGCGAGUUGUAAGCACCGGAGGGGGUGUGGGUCCGAUGUCCGCUUUGCUGGGCGAAACGCGGGGCAGAGAUCGUCAUCCAUUCGAUUUGCAACUGUCACCGACGGCCACCAUGGAUGUUUCUAGAACGGUCCUCGUCCAGCGGAGUGGACAGGGUGGCGGUGUGAGCACGCAGACAAUGCAUGCCAGUGUCCUUCACGACGGAGUGUCAAUGCACCGGCCGAACCACAUGUCAAGGCUUGCGCCUAGCCAGGCCGCACCAGCGGGCAGCGUGCCGUGUCGCCAACCUGCGGCAGGCGCUGCCAUGCAGGACCAGAGGACUGAUGUGGGCAGUGUUGCGGAAUCCCCUCGAUACGUGGAGCGUAUCGUCUGCCGGUUCAACAGCUUGCGGGCGACCAGCGAAGGUGACGGAGCAGGCGCGGCCAUGCAGGAACGGAGACCUGAUCUGGUCGGGGUUGCGGAAUCAGCUCGAUGCGUGGAGCGUAUUGUCUGCCGCUACAUUAGCUCGAGGCCGACCGGCGACGGUGAUGUGGGCGGCCGUGAAGUUGGUGCCAGCGAGCUGGACCACGUCGACGUAGAAGACGAUGACGGUGACGACGAAGACGAAGACGAAGCUCCGGUCAAGGAAGCAGUCUCCGGCGGAACGAAAAAGCAACCUUCCAAAGUCCGUGGGAAAGCGAAGGGUAAGGAUAAGGAAGGUGAUACGAACGGCGAGGGUGGCGGGAGCGGAGCGCGGAGGAACUGGAGUUUGAACGAAUCCCUCGUUCUUGUCCGGUGCAAGAGAGACCAAGAUGACUACUUCGCUAAUGCGGGAACCAAUUUCGCCAGAAUGAAAACGAAGGACCAAAAGUGGAUGGACAUCGCAAAGCGGAUGGAGAAGGAAGGAGUUUGGCGAGACGGGGAGCAAUGCAUGAAGAGAUGGGAGAACAUAUUCGGGUGGUACAGGAAAGUGUGGGACAGGGAGAAGGAUUCGGGACUGCAAUCGUACUUCCUCAUGACAACGAAAGCACGAAAGGAGAAAGGGUACAGGUUCAAUCUAGACCGCACUCUAUACAAUGCGAUCCACAUCAUGCAGGGGAAUAACCAGGCCGUCCACCCGCCGAAUCUCGUGGACACCGGCAACGCACAAGGACAAUAAUACGGGGGACGGAGGAUGGUGAAUUGUGCACUCGUGUUCAAAGCGGAACACAGAGGCAAUAGUGAAAUCGCACGUGGCAGUCAUCGAGGGGUUGUCGUUACGAAAGUCGACAUCGGACAUCGCAGCUGUGCGGGGGUGCGGCGUUGCGAAUCAAUGGACAUCCAGGUGGCGCUCAGAGGUCGUGUCCUCGGUCGUACCAUAACUUUUUACGAGAUGAGGCAUCGUCGAGGAGAGAAGGACGGCAGGUUGUUUGAUUUUGUGGGCGAGGUCAUUGGACAGGAAGUGCGGCAUUACGAGGUGGACGCGAACGGUGACACGAUUCUCAACGUCGUCGUCGCGUUGGGAUAUGUGGAUGACAUGCUGCGCGAGGUGGUUGGCUACGCAACAAAAGUCGGCCGCGCGAUCCCCGACCGGUGGGAAGGAGGAGUAGACGUUCUCGCUGACAUCGUCGACCUCCUGAUAUCCAACAUCGCGAACGAGCACGACGGCCGCAUGACAGUUCCCGCGGAUUUCCGGGUUUGGCCGGAUCCUCCCUUGCACGACCGCCCGGGUCUCCGUGGCGAGAUCCGCAACAUCGAUGAGUAGGUGUGGAUGGAAGCCAUGGCGGCAAACCG